CUAAAAAACAUAAAACCGACACGUGAGACAACACAAAUUUCUGAACAGCCAAACGCUCUAUAAAUACAGAGGAAAAAGCGCGAGAAAGUAGAGGCAUGGCCUGAGAAAGAACCAGACCGUGUGGGGGGUUUUGGUCUCAUGGCGUUUGCUUCACCCCAUCAGACGUACAUUCCUCUGCCGUCUGACUCGGGUGGCCAACACCCAGAUCAUGCAGCUCUUUUAUCACUAGUUCCAAUAUAUAUAGUUACCCAUGCAUCUCAGCUGCCGAAAGACUUUCUUGUUCCAUCCCCUGUAAGGCAAUUGGUUAUUGGAUUUGAUUGUGAGGGUGUUGACCUUUGUCGUCAUGGAAGUCUUUGCAUCAUGCAGCUUGCCUUUCCAGAUGCUAUAUAUUUGGUUGAUGCUAUUCAGGGAGGGGAGAAGCUAAUGAAAGCUUGUAAGCCUGCUCUAGAGUCCAGCUAUAUAACUAAAGUUAUUCAUGACUGCAAACGAGAUAGUGAGGCACUGUAUUUUCAGUUUGGCAUCAAGUUGCAUAAUGUUGUGGAUUCUCAGAUAGCAUAUUCUCUAAUAGAGGAACAACAAGGACGAAGAAGAUCACCUGACGACUACAUUUCUUUUGUUGGCCUCCUUGCAGAUCCACGCUAUUGUGGUAUCUCCUACCUUGAGAAGAAGGAAGUCCGUGUCCUUCUGAAACAGGAUCCAAAAUUUUGGACAUACCGGCCCUUGUCAGAAUUAAUGGUCCGUGCUGCAGCUGAUGAUGUCCGCUUUCUCCCAUACAUCUACUACAAAAUGAUGGAGGAACUCAAUGAACACUCCUUAUGGAAACUUGCAGUUCGUGGGGCGCUGUAUUGUAGAUGUUUCUGCGUGAAUGACAACGAAUAUGCAGAUUGGCCAUCUCUUCCCAAUAUGCCAGAAAAUCUAAUGGUGGAUGGAAAGGCUCCUGAGGAGGAGAUACUAUCAGUGCUGGAGAUUCCUCAGGGGAAAAUGGGAUGUGUGAUUGGGAGGAAAGGGGCUUCCAUCCUUUCCAUAAAACAAUGUUGCAAAGCUGAGAUCCUUAUUGGAGGAGCCAAGGGACCACCUGACAUGGUGUUUAUAAUUGGACCGGUGAAGGAAGUGAGGAAGGCGGAGGCCAUUCUGAGGGGGAGGAUAUAGCAGAGAGCUCUUUGCUGAAGAUGGCGCUAACUUAUCCCAAAAGCAUGCAUGAGUUUGGCCUUUCUCUAAGUAUUUACCAUCUUAUGUAAUGAACUUAAACCCCCCCACCUACCCAUCUUUGAUGUACAAAGAUGAUGGGUUAGUUAAUAAAACGCCAUCCUUGUGCCAAAA